AUGGUCGCCAACAACAAGGAUGAGGAGGCCGGUAUCCCGAUGCUCGAGAACUUCGACGGCGGCAACAGGGAAGAUGCAGUCAACGCUCGCCCUCCGCCCGUGACGCUUCGGUCUCGCAUGCCGCAGUCGCUCGCCGACGUCGUCGACAAUGGCCCCGUCUCGGUGGUCGCGUACUGCGUCUCGUCCAUUAGCAUGACCGUCGUCAACAAAUACGUCGUCUCCGGCAGUUCUUGGAACCUCACCUUCCUGUAUCUCGCCAUCCAGGCCGUCGUCUGUAUCUUCGCAAUCACCACGUGCAAGAAGUUUGGCUUGAUUCAGGUCGCAACCUUCGACCCCGUCAAGGCUAAGAAAUGGUUCCCCAUCUCGCUCCUCCUCGUCGGCAUGAUCUACACCAGCACCAAGGCCCUCCAGUUCCUGUCGGUGCCCGUCUACACAAUCUUCAAGAACUUGACCAUCAUUGCCAUCGCCUAUGGCGAGGUCCUGUGGUUUGGCGGCAAGGUCACCAAGCCUGCGCUGCUCUCUUUCUCGCUGAUGGUUCUGAGCUCCAUCAUUGCUGCUUGGGCUGAUAUCCAAAGCGCCGUCGCCGGCGAUGUAUCCUCCACCGAUAACAAGGCCAUGGCCACUCUCAACCUUGGAUACACGUGGAUGGCAUUGAACGUCUUUUGCACCGCCACGUAUGUUUUGGGCAUGCGCAAGGUGAUUAAGGCCAUGAACUUCAAGGACAUGGACACCAUGUACUACAACACCCUCCUGACGAUCCCUGUGCUGUUCGCCUUCUCCAUUCUCACCGAGGAUUGGUCCAGCGCCAACUUCGCCGCCAACUUCCCUGUCGAAUCGCGCAACCACAUCUUCAUCGGUAUCAUCUACUCGGGUCUGGCCGCCAUCUUCAUCUCGUAUUGCUCUGCGUGGUGCAUCAGAGUGACGUCAUCGACUACGUACUCCAUGGUCGGCGCUCUCAACAAACUGCCCAUUGCCGUCAGCGGCUUGAUUUUCUUCUCGGCGCCUGUGACGUUCGGUAGCGUGUCGGCUAUUUUGCUCGGCUUCGUCAGCGGUAUUGUUUAUGCUUGGGCCAAGGCCAGGGAGGCUGCUUUGAAGGCUGCUGGAGUUCUCCCCUCAACAAAGGAGGACACUGAGAUCAACCAGGAAGAGCGAAAAUAG